AAAGAUUAUUGGUGUUUUCAAUGAAAUGUUUCAAUACUGAAUAGUAACUGUUUAUUUUUGAGAUGGAUAGUACUAAAAGUGAUAAUGGUAUGAAGAAACAGUACAAACUAGUGCCACCAGAUGGAGGAUGGGCAUAUAUGGUAUGGAUUGCUGCUAUUAUAAAUUUUUCGGUGCUAACGAUGUUCCUGCCUAGCAUAGGCAUGAUUUUCAACAGUUUUUACAUCGAAUUGGGAAUGGGCUCUACAGAUAUACAAGUACAAAAUGGCGUAAAUUCGAUGUCGGUUGCUGUAGGAGGUUUCCUAUCAGGACCAUUGAUGAAAGUUGUAAGUUUGAGGAAGUUAUCAUUUUUCGGCGCGACGUCGGCAACUCUUGGUAUAUUUGGAGUAGUGUUCGUCAAUUCGUAUCCCAUGUUCCUUUUGUGUCAAGGUAUACUGAUGGGUACUGGAACGGGCGUGCUGUACAACGUGGCUUGUACCGCGCUCAAUGAUUACUUUCUGGAGAAGCGAUUUAUGAUGACAAGUCUCGCUCAAGCUAUUUCUGCUAUAGCAGCCAUCGUAGCCCCACUGGCUAUCCACUGGACAGCUGAGAACUACGGGUACCGGGCGACGAUCAUACUUAUGGCUGGGGUGUAUCUUCAGACUCUCGUUGGUUCUGCACUCCAGCAGCCAGUCAAAUGGCAUUUGAAAAAGGUUCCUAUCAACCCUGAAACUGAAAAAUUUAUCAAGGAGAAAAAUAAUUUCGAUAAAGAUAACAACAUAGAGACUAUUCACGUUACUGAAAUAUCCAUUGACCAGAUAGCAACAGCGAAAACCGACAGUGUUCUAGGUUAUAUAAAAGACGCGUUCGACUGGACGUUCCUAAAGCAGUUCCUGCGCACUUGCACCUGCGUCGGCGCACCUCUGGGUCUCGUCUCUGACGUCAUGUUCACGCUGUUCGUGCCUCAAGCGCUGUAUGCGAGGGGUUGGGAGGAGGGAGAAGUAGCGUGGGCACUUGCACUGUUAAGCUUCGGAGAUAUCGCAACGAGGAUAUUCCUGAUUGUGGCGAGCGUGUGGUUGAAGAAAAUAGGCAAUAACAUCAUUUUCAUAUUUGGGAUGCUGACAGACGUAGCUGUUAAAUUCGUGUUCCUCUGGUUUCCACACCCGACAGUGGCGUACGUGACCCUCACCCUCACGGGCUGUUCCCGCUGUCUACUCAUCGUUCUGUUCUCGCUGGUCAUCUCCGAUGCUGUGCCGCCCGAGAAGUAUGGGGUCGCGUUCGGCGUAGCUGUGCUGGUGUAUGGCACAUUUGGUAUUACUCUUGGACCGGCUAUUGGUGCAGUCCGCGAUGUAACAGGCACCUACGAAUCGAUGUUCUAUCUCUUAAUUGGCAUCAUGGGCGUCGUUACUGUAGCUUGGUGCGUCGAGGUCUACCACGAGAAAAACUCUGCGAAAAAAUCAUCUUCUACUAUCACAACCACCAAGGGAUAUUCAUUAAAUGUAGAUACCUACAUCAUAAAUAAAAUUAACUUCAAUGUCGAUUCUCACUUCAUCGUAUUAGACCACGUCUUUGCCUUUGGCUAGU